AUGGAGGCGGGCGCACGGGAGGAGUUGGCAGAAGCAGCGAGGAACAGAAAUAGCCGACGCCUGAUGAAGGCUAGCGGCAGCUGCGAAAGGUCGGAGAGUACUCUUUUAGAACACAGUCAUGUUUCCGCUUCUCUCUCCCACAGAACAUCUCUCAUAUUGUUACCAUUGACUCUCGCAAUCUCUCUCCUUUCAGUAUCUCCUAAAGUCUAG